UUAACUUAUCUGAAUUUUGGAUCUAGAUCCUUGGGUUGGACGGAUGGUGAAACUUCACCAACCAUUCAUUAUUAAAUGAAAGCAGUCAUCUUCUUGCUAAUUAGUGUCAUUAUUAGUCUUCCCUGCUGUUGAAAGAAGCAAACAAUGGUCAGCUUCCCAGUCUCUGCACCUCAAAUGCAUCACCAGAUAUGAUCCAAUUCUAGCUUGGAUCUUUGCCAGCAAAGAGCCGUGAGAGAAUGCUAGAGAUCAAUGGACAUUAUCUGUUCUCUAUUUGUAAGUAUAGAAUUAUUAUAUGUCCUCCCCAAGAUCUCUUAUGCAGCGGACACCAUUAGUGCUUCCCAACCUUUGAGUGAUGGCAGAACCUUAAUUUCCAAACAAGGAAGUUUCGAACUGGGGUUCUUCAGUCCGGGUGAUUCCGGGGAAAAAUACGUGGGAAUCUGGUACAAGAACAUCCCGGUUAAAACAGUUGUUUGGGUAGCAAACCGUGACAAACCAAUCAAUGGCUCAGCUGGUGCGCUGAUGAUCAACACCGCUGGCAGUCUCAUACUUCAUGAUCAGAAUGGGAGUAUUGUUUGGUCAUCAAAUGCAAGCUCGUUGAAACUACCCCAGAACCCAGUACUGCAGCUACUGGAUUCUGGAAAUCUCGUCCUAAGAAACGAGAAAGAUGAUAAUUCAGAGAGUUAUUUGUGGCAGAGCUUCGACUAUCCAUCGGAUACUUUAUUGCCGGGAAUGAAACUAGGGUCGGACUUGAGUACUGGUCUCAAUCGGCAGCUAUCAUCUUGGAAGAACCCGGAUGAUCCGUCUGCAGGAGAAUUCACUUAUAGGAUAGAUCUUUACAGUUAUCCUGAUGCUGCUGUGUGGAAACUCUCCUCCAAGUACUUUCGGUGUGGCCCGUGGAAUGGCCUUCGAUUCAGCGGCGUCCCUGAGCUAAAACCAAACCCAGUUUUUGAGUUCAGUUUCAAGUCUAAUCAGGAAGAGGUGUACUUCACUUAUGAUCUAAAAAAUAAAUCUAUGGUCUCGAGGUUGGUCUUGAACCAAACCAGCAGCUCAAUAGAGCGCUAUGUGUGGAUUGAAGACGAACAAUUUUGGAAGCUCUAUGCGUCGACACCAAAGGACAACUGUGAUGUCUAUGGCCUGUGUGGUGCUCAUGGAACUUGUGUGAUCAGUGAGUCACCCAUCUGCCAAUGUUUGGAAAAAUUCAAGCCUAAAUCACCAGAAAAAUGGAACAUAAUGGACUGGUCUGAAGGAUGCAUACGCAAUACGCCAUUGAACUGUGGGAACACUGACGGGUUUAACAAAUUUACAGGCCUGAAACUGCCAGACAGCGCAAAUACUUGGGUGAAUGAAAGUAUGACUCUUGAGGAAUGCAGGGCCAAAUGCUUGAAAAAUUGUUCUUGUAUGGCUUAUACCAACGCGGACAUUAGAGGAGGAGGCAGCGGCUGCGUUAUGUGGUUUGAUGACCUGACUGAUAUGAGGCAGCUUGCUGCUAAUGGUCAGGACCUCUAUAUUCGAAUGCCUGCUUCGGAAUUAGACCAUGAAGGGCAAAGUGAUAGGCGUGCGGUGAAGAUGCUAGUGAUAAUAGCUGCGACCAUCGGUUCAGUCUGUGCCAUUCUUAUAUUCUGUUAUUACAUUUGGAGGAAGGUAAAUGUCCAAGAGAGAAGAGAAAACAGCGGAGAAGCUGGGAACGAAGACCUGGAACUACCUUUAUUGGACUUGGCUACAGUGACUAGUUCUACUAAUAACUUCUCAGAUGACAGCAAGCUUGGAGAAGGUGGUUUUGGACCUGUCUACAAGGGUACGCUGGCAGAUGGCCAAGAAAUUGCAGUGAAGAGGCUUUCGAAGAAUUCUGGACAGGGAUUGAAGGAGUUCAAAAAUGAAGUAAUACUAAUUGCCAAACUUCAGCACCGAAAUCUGGUUAGGCUUCUCGGUUGUUGCAUUCAAGGGGAAGAAAAGAUGUUGGUUUAUGAGUAUUUGCCCAACAAAAGCUUGGAUUCCUUUAUCUUUGAUCAAACAAAAUGUAAACGAUUAGAUUGGAAUAGACGCUUCCAUAUUAUUUGUGGAAUUGCUAGAGGCCUUCUCUACCUUCAUCAAGAUUCCAGAUUGAGGAUUAUACAUAGAGAUCUCAAAGCAAGUAAUGUUUUACUUGAUCAUGAGAUGAACCCAAAAAUAUCAGACUUUGGCAUGGCAAGACCUUUUGGUGGAGAUCAGACCGAAGGAAAUACAAAUAAAGUGGUUGGGACUUUUGGCUACAUGGCACCAGAAUACGCUGUUGAUGGGUUAUUCUCAAUAAAAUCUGAUGUAUUUAGCUUUGGUGUCUUAUUGCUCGAGAUUGUAACGGGAAAGAAAAAUAGAGGAUUUUUCCACCCAAACCACAGCCUUAACCUUCUUGGACAUGCAUGGACAUUGUGGAAAGAAGAAAGGCCGCUGGAAUUAAUUGAUGGAUUAUAUGAAGACUCCAGCUCUCUAUUUGAAGUGUUACGGUGCAUUCAUAUUGGUUUAUUAUGUGUUCAGCAACAUCCCGAGGAUAGGCCCAUAAUGUCAUACGUGGUUCUAAUGUUGGGCAGCGAUGGUGCACUGCCUCAACCUAAACAACCAGGUUUCUUCAUCAAUCGGAACCCACUUGAAGAAGUAGAUUCUUCAUCCAGCAAGAACAAAUCAUAUUCAGCCAAUGAGAUUUCUGUUACUCUGCUUAAUGCUCGAUAGGGAUCAUUCAGCUACAUGCAUAAAAUGACACAAUUGUAUAAAGAACAUUUAUCUUCUUUUGAGAAGUUUUUCUAAUCUACUUUCCAACAAAA